CUAGCAACUAGAAGUAGAGGACGAUAAAUAGUAGGCCCCGACUGAUUUGUAGUCCAGACGAUUAAAUCUGCCGGUUAUAGUCCUUUUCAAAAUAAUCAUCGUCGGCCGGAGUUUUGGCGAUUAAACGCCGAUAUAUUCUUAAUUUCUCAUAAAGCAGUAAAUGCUGUUAAGUGUCGGAGUCGCGCAGAAUCAUGUCCUUGCACUGUUUGUUCAAUACAUGGAGCUCUGGCUCCAUUCCAUCGUCAGGCCUCACCGCCGUCUUCUCAGUAACAUACAGGAGUAAGCUGCAGUCUGGCAACAUUACAGGAGUGGGCUGAGCCGACAGUGGCAGUUUGGUGUUUACUGACAUGAAGGAAGGAGAUUGGUUUUAAUCUUGAGAUCAUGCUGCUGCCUUGGAUGGACUAAAGUCUUCGUUAAAAUUGAUUUGAGCUUCUAAAUCUGGGUGCCUUUGCUGUUUGAUGAUUCCUUCCAUCCACCGCUCGUGGCAGCACUGAGGCCAUCACUCACCUGGGAGGCAGACUGAUGAAUGAGACAUGAAGUCCUCAGCUACUGCUGUGACUCUGUGCCCCCUCUGGUGGAUCCUUGUCCUGGCUGUGUUCGUGCAGCAGCUCAGUGCAGGAGGGAUCGACGGCCCAUGUGAAGGCAGAGACUGCUCUGUUUGUCAGUGUCUUCCUGCCAAAGGUGCUCGGGGAGCUCCAGGUAAGCCAGGGAGUCGAGGUCCACGGGGAUCAAUGGGACCGUGGGGACGUGCAGGGCGACCUGGAGAUAAAGGCAGGAUGGGAGAAGCAGGAUCACAUGGACCAGAGGGGCCCAAAGGAGACCGUGGCCCUACUGGUCCUCCUGGAUUUCUGGGUGAGAGCGGUUUGCCAGGUCACACUGGGGCAGGUGGUGAGCCUGGUUCACCAGGGGUGGAUGGCUGUAAUGGGACAAGGGGUCAACCAGGAGUCCCUGGUUUUCCUGGCUUGGAUGGUCUCCAUGGGCCGCCGGGAUUACCUGGACCUAAAGGAACUAAAGGAGAACCUUUGUAUGGUACUACUCUUCCAGGACUUCCUGGGGACCGUGGGAGAGAUGGAGAACGUGGCCUGCCCGGAAGAUAUGGACCUAUUGGGCCUAAAGGGCUGAUUGGCCCUCCUGGAUCUCCUGGGUCUGAGGGGUUUCAAGGACCUACAGGUGUGAGAGGACCACGAGGGGACCCUGGAGGAUCACUGGCAGGCGACAAAGGCGACAAUGGUGAACAGGGCCCACCUGGUCCACAAGGAGCAGAAGAAAUCGUAGAAUUUCCUCCCGAAUUCCUUCCAGCUAAAGGUUACAAGGGAGACAAAGGUUUUCCUGGACCAUGUGGACCAAAGGGAAUAACUGGCAGAGGUGAUUUCUAUAGUCCGGGAAUUAAAGGAGAGCAGGGAAUCCCUGGAUUUCCUGGAGAUCGGGGUCCUCCAGGAUUUCCUGGUAGGGAUGGAGGGACCGGACCUGAGGGUUAUCGUGGAGAAAAAGGACUUCCAGGUCUCUAUGGAAGAGCUGGACCAAAGGGUUAUCAGGGAGAUCCAGGUCUUCCUGGUAACACUGUCUAUCACAAUGGAAGUGAUGUGAGAGGUGCUAAAGGUGACCGUGGAUAUCCAGGACCAUCUGGACUCCCAGGAGAACCUGGGUACAUGGGCAUGCAUGGGCCUCCUGGUCCACCAGGCAGAGCAGAAGGGGUAGGUAGGCCUGGCCCACCAGGCCCCACUGGUCCUAAGGGUUACAAGGGAGAACCAGGAAGGUACAACAAUUUUGAAAUCAAUCCGUUUCCGGGACCCAAGGGAACUAAAGGAUCCUCAGGAAUUAAAGGUGUCGUAGGUCCCCCAGGUCGUCCAGGUAUGUUUGCUGUCUCUGCAUAUCAUACACAACACUUCCUUAUUUGUCUCUUACAAAUUGAAUUAUUUGAAUAAUGUUUGGCUUGUUGUGAGUUUUUGUACAUUUUAAUUCAAAGGACGACUUACAUUUUGUUUUGUGUGUCUGUGUUUCUUAACAUGUUGUGGCCCAUAUAAUUGAACCUGAUUAGGAUGCGGAGACUACUACUGUGAGCCUGGUUACCCUGGAGACCCUGGUGAUGUUGGACCCAAAGGACUUCCUGGAAACAAAGGCCCCAGCGGAAUUAAAG